GCACACGAUAAGGGGUCGGUUUUGUUCGACGACUUCACUUUUUUUCCAGUGAAGAAACAGAGGCCCGAGGGGGCACCAAGUUUCUGAACCCCUUGGAAGAAAAGGUCUGAGGUGCGAAGGGUGGGGUGUACUGACAUUGGAAAACCACAGCAGACUUUAGAAAGGAAGAACUAGGUCAUGAAAGACUUCACGGAAAGCUGUAGGGCCCAUCUAUCCUGGUCACGGCAUGAUGUUCGUCCACAACGAUUGCAAGGUGUUCAGAUUUUGUAAAUCUAAAUGUCAUAAAAACUUUAAAAAGAAGUGCAGUCCUCGCAAAGCUAGGUGGAUCAAAGCAUUCCAGAAUGCAGCUGGUAAAGAGCUUACAGUGGAUAAUUCAUUUGAAUUUGAAAAACGUAGAAAUGAACCUAUCAAAUACCAGCAAGAGCUAUGCAAUAAAACUAUUGAUGCAAUGAAGCAAAUUGAAGAAAUCAAACAGAAAUGCCAAGCUAAAUUUAUAAUGAACAGAUUGAAUAAAAAUAAAGAGCUACAGAAAGUUCAGUAUAUCAAAGAAGUCAAGCAAAACAUCCAUCUUAUUCAAGCCCCUCUUGCAGGCAAAGAGAAGCAGUUGGAAGAGAAAAUGGUACAGCAGUUACAAGAGGAUGUAGACAUGGAAAAUGCUUCUUAAAAAUCUCUGUAACCAUUUCUUUUAUGUACAUUUGAAAAUGUCCUUUACAGACUUGGAAAUGAUAAAUUAUCAGUUGAUUUUUUACAUAAGGUCACUUAAAUGAAAAGUGAUUAAAACAUAUCUUUCCUACGUUGCCAUCUGCAAAACAUCAGAUAUUACGAAUGUUAGAUUGCAUCUCAGCGUUAAAUCUUCACUGAUAGAUGUAUGUAUGUAAAUCAUGAAAAUUCUACUUCUAACUAUAGAAGUGAAUUGUGGAUGUAAAAUGGUUAUGCUGUUUGGAUAAUGGCACUAGGCAGCAUUUGUAUAACAACUAAUGGCAAAAAUUCAUGGCUAGUGAUGUAUAAAAUAAAAUAUUCUUUGC